UGGGUUUUUUGAGAACUUGUUUGGAGGCUCUAACAGGGGAGUGAAGCUACUCAUAUGCCCUACACCCUUGACCGAGGAAAUGGUCCUUCUCUAUGGGGUGGUCAUCCUCUUAUACUGACUGUGCAGCUUCGGGAGGGGCAGACAUGGAGCGGUGAGGGAGGAAGGGGACCCCCACAUAGCCAGCCAGAUCAGCCAAAUCAACGCUGGCGAUCGAUGAGGUUUUGGGAUCCUCCAGGUCUUUGGUUUUUAACUGUAUUUAGUGGAAAUCAAGGAGGUGGGGCAUGGGAGGAAAAGAGCUCAGAUUUUAAGUUUGGAAUGGUAUGGAGUGGACCUGAUUUCCCAUACUGAUGUGUUUAAAUUUCGUUAAUGCCAGGUGGCUGAGAGGAUUCUUCAAAUAGAAGAGUGGCAGUCAGAUUGCUGAUUUGGAAAAAUUAUUUUGGGGCAUCAGUGGAAGACUUACUGAACCAGGGUUAACCCUUCCUGGAAGAAUUGUAGAAAAUGGAAGUGAGCAGGGGUCCUAUGAUUCAGAUAAAGGAAUUUUUACCAUUCGACUGCCCAAAGAAACUCCUGGCCAGCAUUUUGAAGGGCUGAACAUGUUAACUGCUCUUCUGGCACCAAGAAAAUCCAGGACAGCUAAACCACUUGUGGAAGAAAUAGGUGCUUCUGAAGUUUCUGAGGAAGUAGUAGAAGAUGACGAUGAAGAGUUUGACUGGGAAAUCGAACAGACCCCCUGCAAAGAGGUACAUGAGAGUGCUUUGAAUCCACAGUGUCACUAUGGAUUUGGAAACUUGCGGUCAGGAGUGGUUCAGCGAUUGCAGGAUGAAUUAAGUGAAGUUAUUGAUAUUAAGAAUCCAGAUUUCACCCCUGCAGCUGAACGAAGGCAGAAACGCCUCGCUGCUGAGCUGGCCAAAUUUGAUCCUGAUCAUUAUCUAGCUGACUUUUUUGAAGAUGAGGCAACUGAACAGAUUUUGAAGUACAGUCCUUGGUGGAAUGAUACAUAUUCCAAAAUGCUGGCCUCCUUGGAAGACAGUCAGGAGCAAGAACUUCAUGCUGUAUUAGUGUCUUUUUCUGAGGAGGAGAAAUACCAGCUGCUAAAAUUUGUCAAUAAAUCUUACCUGUUAGACAAGAUAGCUCAUCGUCAAGUGUACUAUAGUUUAAUUGAUAUCCUUCUGGCAUACUGCUAUGAAAUCCGUGUCACUGAAGGAGAGAGGAACGUUGAGUCUGCAUGGAGUAUCAGAAAACUGAGUCCAACACUGUGCUGGUUUGAGACUUGGACUAAUGUUCACGAAAUCCUGGUGGCUUUUGGAAGAAGAGUUUUGUGCUACCCACUUUAUCGUCAUUUUAAGCUGGUAACGAAGGCACACAGAGAUACUGUUAAGAUACUGCAGCUGGGUAAAAGUGCAGUUUUGAAGUGUCUCCUGGAUAUCCACAAAAUAUUUCAGGAAAAUGACCCAGCUUACAUUUUGAAUGACCUCUACAUCUCAGACUACUGUGUGUGGAUUCAGAAAGCCAAGUCUAAAAUAUUGAGCACUCUUGCCAAAGCCUUAGAAGAAGCCUCCCUCACCAAGGCCCAGCUGGGAUUGGAGCUAGAAGAGCUGGAAGCAGCAGCCCUUCUCGUCCAGAAGGAGGAAACUGGUGGAAAAGCAGCCUCAUUUGUGUCCACGCAGACUCUUGGCUCCAGUCCUGAGGCAAGUGACUCCGAGGGGUCGGAAUCGGAAUCGGAAUCGGAAUCGGAAUCGGAAUCGGAAUCGGAAGAAUCCGCACCAGGCAGCACCGCAUCAUCCAGCACUGAAGACUCUGCUUCAGAUCAGGAGCUCGAUGGGAGUCUGUCUGCGCCUGCGCCUGCGCCUUCUCUGCGAGACCCCUUUCUCCACAUGAGCAGUACCCUGCUAGUCCAUGAGGGUGUGGCCUGCGCGCCCGCAGCUUGCCAGAGACAGCCUCAGGCCCUGGCCCAGGCUCCUGAGGCCCGCGGGCCCCUGAUAGAGGAGCUUGGAGAACAGCUGAAGACUACACUUCAGGUGUCCCAGCCUGAGGACGCCACCGCUGGGAGCCACAUCAGUAUGCAGGACUGUGAAGAGACGACAGAUGCCCAGUGAGUGACUCACAUGGUUUUGUUCGUGGUAUGGAAUUAGAUCAGCUGUGGUUUCAUCAACUGAGUUAGAACUCAUUUUCCCUCUGUGCUUUUUCUUUGUAUAUGUAACAUUGUUUUAUAGUUUAUAUCUUGUGGUAUGUUUAUACCUUUUGGUUUCCUUGUAACUUGAAAAAUGAAGUUCUAAUGUACUUUUUCCAAGUGCAACUGAUAUUUAAAGAUGAAAAUGGCAGUUCCAAAAUCUCUGUAGACUGUAGAGAUUAAUAUGGCCUCAUUAGUAUCUUAUUUUAGCUUUACUGGGGUGUUCUUGAUGUACAGGAAAGUGCUCACACUUGAAAUGUGCAAUGUGAUAAGUAUUGACAUAUGACUACAGCAAGUGAGACCACCACCUCAGCCAGGGUAAGAGCUUCCCCUACCACCCCUAGGUGCCUUUGUAGGUCUUUGGUAUCCUCCCCUCCCACCUGGCCAGAUGCCACCCACCUGCAUCCCUCACAAACCACUGAGCUGCUGUCACCAUACUGUAGUUUGCAUUUCCUAGAAUUUUAUAUAAAUUGAAUCGUGCAAUCUGUAUUCCUUUUUUGGUCAGGCUUACUUCACUCUAUAAAUAUUUUGCGGUUAAUCCAUGUAGUAACAUGUGUCAAGGGAUUGUUUUCAUUGCUGAGCACUAUUUCAUUGAAUAGAUUUGUCCAUUCACCUGCUGAUGGGCAUUUGUGUCAUUUCCAGUUUAGAACUGUUACAAAUAAAGCUGUUAUGAACAUUUGUGUACAA